UAAUUCUUCCUUGCUUGAAGAUGAAUUACCAACUGAAUCAACAGUAACUGUAACAGGGUCUGUAAAUUAUAAAAAAGAUGCAAUAACUUGGCAUGAAACCAAAAAUAAGGAGCAUUUAAGUUCUAUAAAAUUAUACAACAAUUCCAAACAAACAACAAUAAUAGCUGCAAAUCAAAAUCAGUACAAUAAAAUCAAAGCUCAAAUUAUUCAACAAAUGAAA